UCAUGGCCCGAGGGUUGGCGUCUGCUGUGGCAUUAUCGCUUUACCAUUGGCAAUACUGUCAGUCACUCUGCGCCGGCCCACUCCAUCCGCUGAUGGGAAAAGCAGGUUGCCUUUACAUUAAACUUGUUCUGUGAAUGGGAGGGAUUGAUUCCUUGCACUGGUGGCCUGGAGCAAUGUAAGUGUGGAGAGGAAGCAGCAGGAUCGGCUCAGGUGUCUGUGGGAGGCGAAACAAAGGCAAGGUAACCGCAGCUAGAAGGCCAUCCAGUGAGCCGUGGGCCCUCCCCUCACCCACAUUGUGUGCCAUUGAUCGCGGCUGCAGUAGUGUCCCCUCGGUCAGUGCGAGCGGUGACAGUGACAGUGUAGUGAGGCAGUGAUGGCAGUGUGUUGUGCAUGGCAGUGAUGAUUAUGGUGGCAUGUCUCGUGACGUGUAUGGUGGAGGUGGUGGGGGAGGCGGGGUGCCGAGCAGCCGGUCGCCCCGGCCCCAGCGUCGCGACCUGAACUCCGACCCUUACUACCUGGACCAGGGCGGCCACCACCGCGCCCACAGCCCCCAGCCGUCAGCAGCCGCGCGCCGCAGCCGCUCCGCCACCCGCGCCGUCUCCCCAACCCUGGCGCUGGAUCACGGCGGGGCAUACAUGGACCCCCACGCCACCAUGGAAGCGGACCGCCGCAGCGGAUCAGCACCAGGAACUCACCACCGCAGCCGCAGCCAGAACAGAAGUAACGUGGGCCGCAACUACCAUUCUCUGGACCGUGAGGUGCACGACCGUGAGUUUAUGCCCAUCCGUGAUCCCCGCGACCGCAGCAUGGAGCGUGGGGGCGCCAUGGACCUCCACGGGGUGCAAGGGGGCCAUAUGACCCGCCGUGAUCGUUCGCUGGACCGCGGGCCAAUGUUAGAGGACGACCUAUAUCGGGACCACCACUCGAUGGGAAGAUCUCGGGCCAGCCCCAAUCCGGACCUGAGUGGGCGCCAUGGGCAGACCGCGAUGGGCAGCAUGACCCGCGACUCUUACUUCUCCGAGGUACAGAUGCACAAUACUGACCUCCAAAAAGAACUCGGAAACCUUAAAAAAGAACUUGAACUGACUAAUCAGAAACUAGGCUCGUCGAUGCACUCGAUAAAGACCUUCUGGUCGCCCGAGCUCAAAAAGGAGCGGGCCCUCAGGAAGGAGGAGAGUGCCAAGUACUCUCUCAUCAACGACCAGCUGAAGCUCCUCAACUCCGAGAACCAGAUUUAAAGCCCACUGCCACCGUGCACAUGUAUGGGACCGGACAAGACCAGAAGGACCCCGCAACUGCAUACGGAGCCGGACCGGUCAAUUACCCGCAUCAACAGUGUGAAGAGGGACACAAACUAUCAGUCGACUGCUGUGUCCGGGGGCCCGGGCGUCGCAUUUAGAUGUGGCGAGAAACCACAUUAUGUGAAAGCCACCUUAAGGAUCCAUCGCAACAAAAAUAAUUACUGAGCGGUCACAUAUAAUUUAACAUGUGACAUUAAAAGAGAUAUUCACAAGAUUUAUAGGAUAAAUACGUAGUUCGGUCGUGUGCAAGUCUCCUCGCAGCUCCAGGCGUCUUUAAUGGUCAGUUUGGUGUGGGUGAAGUAAGCUGUUUUUCCUUCACUUCUGGCUUGGUGAGGAAGUGAAUUUUCUUUCUUAAUGUUCUGAGAGGCAGGACAUGCAUCUUCAUUGGUGUGGUGCGGGUGCCGCGUAGCAGCGUCGCCGCACUUCUCACAACGGUUUAACGAUCAUGGAGUCUUGUGAAGUGAGCAGCGAUUGGUCGAGGUCGAUGAUCCGCUUACAACCCGACUUGAUGAGCUCGUUCAGCUUCAAUGUUGAGUAAUUAUAAUCUCUCUUCCGGUAGUUUGGAGAUUUGGACGCUGGUUUGCUUCCAUGUCUCGCCUUAGUGUUCAUCUAAACCUAUGAUUUGCAGAUUGUUACAGAUCGUCGGUUACAGGAACAUAAUUUGAAACACUUCACUCCUCCACUACAUUUAAAAGGCUCUAGUUGAAGUUACACUGGUUUUUAAGAGUGUUUUUUAUGGUUCUAGUGAUAUAUUAACAAUUUCUACAUUAUUAACUGGAGAAAUAUUCUUGAAAACCCGGCUUAGUCAUGGUAAAAGAGUAAAGCGUUUCAGAAUACAGGCCGCAGUCUUAAUAGCAUGAUCUUGAGUCUAUCAGUAACUCGCCAUUAGUCCGCAGAUCUUUCUGUAGUCUGAUAAUUGUGUCUUGAUGUUCCUUCUCUCGUUCACAGUGCGUCACCGGGUGCCUCGAAUCUUCCACUUCUCUUGGGAUGAAUUCUACAUUUCUAUGAUCUUCCGCCAUAUUUUGGAAUUACUGGAUUCAUCCAUUAAUCCGAUUAAGAAAUACUUCCAUCCAACUUUUAUAGUCUUGAUCUUGAGAAGCCAAAGUGGUUUUCAUCACCUCGACACCCAUCGUUGUGGCUGCUUCGUUGAAAUAGAAACUAGCGACUAGCACAUUAGUUUGCUGUGAAAGCCCAGGAGAGAGAGAGAGAGAGAGAGAGAGAGAGAGAGAGAGAGAGAGAUGUCGCAGCACUCAAUCUUGAAGGACAGCUGAUAAUUCACUGUCCUCGCGGAGAACUGAUGGGAGGAGAAUUUUUUUCCUUUGUGAUUCUACACGAAUUUCAGUCAGUAAUCUCUCUUUCUCUCUCUCUCUCUCUCUCUCUCUCUCUCUCUCUCUCUCUCUCUCUCUCUCAAUGCAUGAAUUCAAAAAGAGAGGAAAAUGAGGAGCGGACGCAUGAAAACAACAGUAGAUUAAGAUAGGUGAGUUAGGCAGAACGGGAGCAGCCUCCAUGCACUCACCAGACACAGCGUCCCCUUCAGGUAACACGCUACCAAACAGUGACGUAGAAACAUGUAUACGGUUUCUUAAGGCGCGCUGGGAUGGUUAACCGCAUAACCUAAGUACUAGCGUGGCAGUGUCUGGGUUGCUACUGCUGUCUGACUUAACCUUAACUAUGAACCCGCAGUUACUCCAGCGCUGGUAUGGUUCAGUGAGGAAGAGUGUAGAAGUAGAGAUCCUGACUGUUUUAGAUGGAUGUUUUGACAGCAUAGUGCACGUUAGAUAUUUUAUUUUUUACUUUGCUUAUUUUUAGAAUUGUGAAGAUGGCGCUCAGCUAUUGAAACGUUUAAUAUUAAAAAAAAAAAAAGAACAUAAGGGAAGAUGCAAAAAGCCAUAAGACCUACUCGUGACAGUCCCUGUAUAGUGCACAGGAUGGAGCGGCAAGUGAUAGAGAUUAAUGUUGAAUGUUUAGGGGGAGAAACAUUUAUACUUCAGUAGAAUAAUAAAGGCUGAUGAUGGUGACGUAGAUGGUAAUAAUGAUGAUGAUGAGGAGGAGGAUGUUAACGAAGAGUAGAUGUGUCCAGUCUUGCUGCAUUUGUGCCCUCUAUACUCGCUGAACCAAGGCAGGAGUCAGUAAUGAGGUGGCCUUUGUGUGAGUGUCUGUGAUAUAUAUCAAUCUUCUGGGAUGAUCAUCAAUUGCCUUAUCUGACGUGGCGGUUGACAGGGGAUAUCAUGGAGCCCUUUGAGAGGAGGCCUGAUAGUGGCAAGGCAAGUAUUAUGAGCCAUACCUGCAGCUGGUGAGGUAAUAGCAAAGGUUAUCUGUUUCGGAGCAGUACUGUUUCUUAUAAUGGAUUCAGUGUUCUCUCUAUGAAAAAAAAAGAUAAAUUACUAGUUAACGUGUGACAGGAGUAAACAUCAGUGGCAGUCUUAUGGAGGUGAAAAGGUAAUGUUUAUAAAUAAAUUUUGUUGUUGUUGCUGUUUUAAGUGUCCACUGUUUGAAAAAGAUGACGUUUGAGUUGAUGUGUGACGGGAGUUUACAUCAUUUGCAUUAUUGUGGAGGUGAAAAAAGUAUAUAAUGCUUGUUGCCUGCCUAAUUUGUUACCAGCGUUUAUGUUGGGUCCCCAUAAUGCCUGAACCGUUUGGUGAAAUGAGGACACCCGAUUCUAUGGAGACUCAUCUGGAAUAAUUAAUACUUGACAUCAUCACAAGCGGUAGAGUUUGGCAGGGAUAAAUGCACGCACGACGAGUGUAUUUGUCUGAUGUAUUGCUCUCUCUCUCU